UCAUCUUCCUCUCUCUGCAUAUUAUACCAACUCUACAGUUUUUUGUUUUACUGGCUUGAUUUUGUUACUGUGCUCUAAUUUUCGUUUUAGCAAGAAAUUUAACUUACUAAAUAGAAAAGCCCUUUCUUGAGGUGCUCACUGCCAAUUAACCUAGGUUAUUAGUAAUGGGAAAGAAAAAGCAAAAGAUUGUGCUGCCACCAGACCUACCACCUGAAAUUCCUGAUGAAGCAGUUGAAAUAUCAGAUGAUGACGUGGCUUUCGUUAACGAAAAUAGAGAAUAUACUGACUUCUUGUCCAAUUUGGAUACCAAGUCUAUUAAUAAGCAAGUUACUCGUGUUGCUGAUGUGAAAGAAGAUGAGCUGGAGUCUCUUUAUGAAAAGCGGUUAAAGAAGAAGUCACUUAAUAAAGAAAUAGAAAAACAGGGGCUAGAGGUUGAUCCUGUGGAUGCUCUUCCUGUGAAGACAUUAGAUGGAAAACUUUAUUACAGGACAGCGCCAAAGGCUACACAAAAAUCUGAAAACGAAGAUAAAGAUGAAGCGAAUACUGACAACAAAGAUGCUGGUAGUGAUGCAAGUGUGGUGAGGCUGACUAAAGCCGAGAAGCGUGCAAAAUUGAAGAAAAUGAGGAAAGAGGCUAAGAAACAGGCAAAAGAGGUGGCAGAAGUAGAGGAUGUUCAGCAAAUACCUCAAGCUGAAGUCUUGGAUGAGGUGAGAAAAGAUAUGACAGCAGAAGAGGCCAAUGAAAAAAAGAAGUUUAGACUAGCUGAGCUGGGAACUGCACUGCUUACAGAUCCCGAAUUAAACAUCAAGUCUCUCAAGGAGAUGCUGGAGAUUUCUAAAGAUGGUGAUCGUGAUAUAGUGGUACUUGCCCUUAAGUCUUUGUUGGCUGUUUUCAGAGAUAUCAUUCCGGGGUAUCGCAUCCGGCUGCCAACUGAAAAGGAGCAGGAGAUGAAAGUUUCAAAGACUGUUAAGAAAAUGCGGUUCUACGAAUCUACCCUCUUAUCUGCAUAUAAGGCGUAUAUACAGAAGCUGAUAGCCAUAGAAAAGCAGGCUGUAUACAAACGUGUCGCAGUUCGCUGCAUCUGUACUUUACUCGAGGCAGUUCCACACUUCAAUUUCCGAGAGAGUUUGUUAGCUGCUGUCAUAAGAAACAUAAGCUCUGAGGAUGAUAUAUCGAGGAAACUUUGCUGUGCUACUGUUAAGUCACUUUUCACCAAUGAGGGGAAGCACGGUGGUGAGGUAACUGUGGAGGCUGUUCAAAUGAUCGCAGACCUUGUUAAAGCUCAUGAUUGUCAACUACAUCCGGAUUCCAUUGAGGUGUUUAUGUCUCUGACAUUUGAUGAGGAUCUUGGCAAGCGUGAAUCUCAAGAUGCUCAUAAAUUUAAAAGUAAAAAUGCUAAAAGAAAGGACCUUAAGGAGCAAAAAAAGGAGCAGAAAGAAUCUGCCAACGAGAGAAAGAGAACACGUAAAGAGAUGAUGUCAAAGACACGAGAAGAGGUCACUACAGAAUUGAAGGCUGCUUCAUUAGCUACAGAUGUUACUGAAAGGAGAAGGAUGCAGACUGAUGUAUUAUCAGCUAUUUUUGAGACAUACUUUCGUGUCCUAAAGCAUGCAUUAAAACCUAGAUCAGAAGCAGGUUCCUCACCUCAGUCAGCUGGAAGUCAUCCACUUCUUACUCCUUGUCUUAAUGGAAUUGGAAAAUUUUGCCAGCUUAUUGACUUAGAUUUCAUGUCCGAUCUCAUGAAUUAUCUGAGAAAGCUUGCUAGAAGUGGCAAUAACUCUGAUGGCUCUUCCAAGGAUGUUUCAGCAUGUCUGACGGUAUCUGAGAGGCUCCAGUGUUGCAUUAUCGCUUUCAGAGUGAUGAGAAACAAUUUGGACGCACUGAAUGUUGAUCUUCAGGAUUUCUUUGUCCAACUUUACAAUCUGAUAAUUGAGUACAGGCCAGGAAGGGAUAAAGGUGAGAUCUUAGCUGAAGCUUUCAAGAUAAUGCUUUGUGAUGAUCGACAACAUGACAUGCAAAGAGCUGCAGCUUUUAUAAAACGUCUAGCUACAUUCUCUUUGUUCUCUGGGUCUGCUGAGUCCUUGGCUGCCUUGGUGACAUUAAAGCAUCUCCUUCAGAAGAACGUGAAAUGCCGGAACUUAUUAGAAAAUGAUGCUGGAGGUGGCUCCGUCUCUGGUGCCAUUGCAAAAUAUCAGCCUUAUGCAACUGACCCGAAUCUUAGUGGUGCACUUGCUUCAGUGCUUUGGGAGCUGAACCUCUUGUCAAACCAUUACCACCCAGCUGUUUCUACAAUGGCAUUGAACAUUUCUAUGUUGGGCACUGGCGAUAACCAGGUUCACCUGUCCAACAAAACUCCUCAACAAGCUUUUAAGGAGUUGUCACUUGAGCAGGAAUCGUUCCUCGUAAAAGUUGAAAGCUCAGGUACCAAGAGGAAAAAGGGGAACGCCUCGCUAAAGCAUACUAGUAUGGGGACUGACCUUGAUUUCACUGUUCAAGUUGAUGAAAAUGAUGUUAAAAAGAAACUCUCUGAGCAUUACUCGCUGAUGCAUGACAUAGCUGAAAAUGAAAGACUAAGAGGGGAAUUGGUUGGGACAACAUUGUCUCUGAAUCUAUAUGAAAAAUAUAAAAGGCAGAAGAAAAGAAGAACAAAGUAGUCCUACGUUGUCUACAAUUUUGUAGGUAGAUCUACUUAAAAGGUUUAAGCAUUCUACUGUAUUUUUGGAUAGGAAAGUGCAACUCCCGAUUGUUUUGUACAAACUAGGCAUAAUGCCUAUUUUGCUUUCCAAUUAUGAAAUGGAUCUGAUUAUUUA